AUGUAUUUGGCUUAGAAAUAGAUGUACUCAUAACAUCCAUCUUACACAAAUGGAUCAUCACAGAAUGUUAAAAAGAUGAUAGAGAACUUUUCAUAUGGGCUUCAUUAGCAAAUUGGAAAAGGAUUCAGCAGCAAGGUUUAUAAAGGACAAAAUGAAGUGACAGGUGAAACAGUAGCUAUUAAGGUAAUCGACAAAGCCUUACUGAAGACACCUCUACAUCAUGCCUUGUUGCAAAGUGAAAUCGAGGCACUUAGCACAUUAGAUAGUCAAUACAUAAUGAAAUUGUAUAAAGUAUUUCAAACAUAAAAUAACACUUACUUGAUAACAGAGUUUUGUGAAAAUGGUGAUUUGGGAAGUAAAUUAACCAAGAUUGGUAAGUUCCCAGAGCAACAAGCUCAAAAUGUUAUCUUCGGGAUGGUUAAGGCCUACAAAUUACUGAAAUAGAACGGUAUAAUACACAGGGAUAUUAAACCUGCUAAUGUGUUAUUGUCAGCAUGUGGAACUCCUAAACUAGCAGAUUUUGGAUUUGCAACAACUCCUAAUUCUCCUCCAUUGUUGCCUAACGUAAAUGUUGGUAGUCCUCUAUAUAUGAGUCCAUAAGCCCUGAAAAACAACAAGUAUUCUGAUAAAUCUGACAUUUGGGCUAUUGGAGUUUCUGCAUUCGAAAUAAUAUUUGGGUAAGUACCUUGGCAAGCAACAAGUGAAAAAGAAUUAGCAUAAAAAAUGGUGAGUGUACCAUUAUCAUUCCCCUCAUCAACUAAAGUUAGUUAAGAAUGCAAAGAAUUUAUUAAACGCUGUUUAGUAGUUGGUGAAUAAGAAAGAGCAUCAAUAGAUGAACUAGAAAAACACCCUUGGAUUAGAGGACCUGAAUUAGCAUUCUAAGUCAAUAAAUAACCAGCCUUAAUGAAAUAAAAAACAUUAGAAUAGCCAAAAGAAGGCAAAGAAAAUAGUGCCAAAAAAUUGCCUGGAGAUUCUAUUCAUAGAAGUGGAAAGAAACAUACUACUCAAAUCACUAAGCCAUUAGGUUAAUAAUCUAAAUAAACUGAAACUAGUUGUUUUGAAAUUAAAAGUAACUCUACCAAUAUUGAAUAUACCAUUAUGUCUUAAAUCAAUUUUUGCAAGUACUUAUUCAGAGUUGCAAAUUUGAUUGAAAGUACCAAUCUAUUUAGAACUGAUUUGCUCAGGGAUAAGUUAUUAUUCUUUGCAAUCAAAAAUAUCAUGAUCAAAAUGUAUAAACUUAAAGACAUUGAUUCAAACUCUCUUGAUAUUCAAGGUUUUGAUGCAUACAAGGCUUCAAAUUAGUUUUAAUCAAUAUAAAUUACAAUCUAGUAAAACUUUACUAAAUACUAAUCAUAUUUUAAGAACAUCUGGUCUUCAUUAUAAUAGAAUAAAAAUGAAUUAUCAAUUGAUAAAAAGUUCGAUGCUGUUUUUGAUGAAAAUUUCACUGAAUUCGAAUCCUUUUACAUCAUUUUCAAUUCUGUAUUGCGUCAAGCAAUAAAAGAGUUACAAAAGGAAAUUGAUAGAAAAUUGGGCUCAGAUGAUUUAUCCAAAAGUCUCCCAAUUGACAUGGAAAAGGAUGUGGUCUUAUUAGAUUACUUAGUAACAUACUUUUAAUUAUCACAAUUGACUUUAGAGACCUUUAACAAACCUUAUGAAUUCGCUUAGAAAUCAAAAAUAGAACAUAUAGCAGAAGGAAGUCCUGUAAGAUUGACUUAUGGACACUUCAUUGAAAUCAAAAAUAAAAUGAGUGACUUAGAAGUUUGA